AUUGACGUGAGCUUGUCAUUAUGCAAUACAUACUGUAGCUUUGAAUUUUUUUUAUUUAGGAGGACUAGAUUGUUGCUGGGUUUGUUAGUUUUGAUGUGGAGAAUGCAUAGUAGUGUAAACCUAUACAAGCACAAAUGAAGCACAAAGCGUCUGUCCUGUCUUUUCUUUCUUUGUCUUUGUUCAAGUUUGUGCCACCAUCUAUUCUCUGAAAAUGUCUUCUUCAGAACUAGAGCCGUGACACAUUGUGACAGUCCAUACUAAUGAGAUAAGCAAUGUUACAUUUCCUGUCCUUGUGCAUUUGGCCUUUCCUAAAUCUACUUGUACUCGGAAAACAUCUUGCUCUUCCUUGUGUUGUGCUGUGCACUGAAGUCAAGAAGACAUAGUGUUGUUUAACCACAUGCCUUGCUGCAUAAUCUAGGGGAUUGAAUAGGAGCAAAAUGUGUGGCCCAUUUACUCAGAGGAGUUAUGUGUCUAUCACUGAGUUAUUGGUCACACACAAGUGCACUUGGGGACUUGUGAAGCUAUAAUUUAAUUUACAUGACUAAGCUCUCUGUUAUACCUUUUGCUGGGGCAAAGGAAAUGAUGACUGUUUUAUUUUUACCUGUGGAACAACAAUUGCAAGACUAAUAUGAGCGUGCAUCUAUGCAAAAUGCCUUUUGAAUUCAGUGAGAUCAUGCAACAGCACAUUUCUAUAUCAGAAACAUGCAUGGUUUUGAUGCACUUACUACACCUAAAGCAAUUUUUAGCUUGCACAGCUGACACUUUUGCUGAAACAAUGAGCUGUUACGAGAAAGAACCCAGAAUUGUCCUGAAUAGGCUGACAAAUAUUCUGCUUAAAGUACCGUUUAAUUCUGUCUUUGAAAAUUUAGUUUUGACAGAUAUUCAGGAGCUUAGUUUUGACAGAUAAAAUUGAGGAGCAAAACAAAAUAGGAAAAGUUUGUGUGUGUUUGUGUGUGUGUGUGUGUGUGUGUUUGAGAGAGAGAGAGAGAGAGAGAGAGAUUGUUAGCGUCCACGACGUACUCCAAGUGUGAAUGCUUUAAUAAGAUUUUAGAGGUACGGGUACAAUAGGCAUUGCUUCAUGUGCACUGUGCUUGGAAAACAGCGAGCCUCUUCACAAUGUAGCCUUGUGCAAAGCAUUUCUGUUAACAGCUGAAGAGAAUCCACUAUGAGGUGACAUAUUGGCAUUGCAACAAACUUCCACAUGUCUAGUGCAACUCUGCUAAUAUAGGUUUUAUUCUGCUUAAUGCCCCCUGCAAUAUUGCCUGUUGACACUGUGAGAUUUGACUGAUAAAAGAAUAAAACUGUUUUCUCUUGCACUCUUGGUACAUAUUAAUAAAUUUUGGAGACAAUAUUCAAUCUGAAGUGUCUUAAGAUUAUUUGUGUGGAUGCUACUAAAACAUUUUGUUUUCGAUUGGUAAUGUUGUGUAUUCUAAAUAGUGUAAUGGAGAUUUUGCAACCAUUUAUUUAUUUAAUUUGUUUACAAUAUAUUGUGGUCACAUUGGACCAAGCAGGGGGGGGGGGUUCAUAAAUAGCAAAUACAAAAAUAUAAGCACAUGUUGUACAAGCUACAAUCCAAUCGGAGGUACGCACCAUAAGUAAAAAAAAAAAGAAUAUUGGAAUCAUGAUGCAGCUAAACAGUGAAAGAGCACAGCAUUUCUUAACAAGUAUCUCAGUAGGGAUGAACUUGUGUUAGUUGAAAGAGCAAGCUGCCAAACCACAAAUAUGGUGAAAAUGUAAACAAUACAUAAUAAGAUGUGCACUGGUACAAAAUACCACUAUGUACAGUAGCAGCAACACUAAAAUAGAAGAAUAAACAACUCAGUGACUGGUAGUAAUGCAACAAAUUUAAACAUUUCAUACACAUGCUCUUACAAAAGCAAAAUGAAAACAGUAAAGAUGCAUCUAUGUUAGAAAUGGGGAAUAUAAGGCAUUGAGGCAUUGUUCUAUUACUCACUGCAUAAUGACCUGUAAGCUUCUAGAUAACUGUGCACAAGCACUAUGAGCAAUUUCAUUUUCCAGUCCAGGGAAAAUUAUAGUGUACAUAGUAUUGUGAGCUAAAACUACAUCCGGGACAAAAUAAAAUUAUUUUGCCAACUCGGACUGACAACUUAAAACUGAUUACAAUGUUGCAACUUCAGUUUUGGGUAUCGAGGAAGGCAUCGAGGAAAUUUUUUUUUGCAGAACCUGUGGUCAGUGUACUUUUAAUCGUGGGUGCACCGCUUGUUUCUGUGUGCACCUGCCAUGCACUGUUUGCUUUAUUUAGUUUAGAAAUUACCAAUGAUGAGCAACUGUCGGAGAUUGUUGUGUCAGCGUAUAAUGUACAUGUUGAGGGUGAAACAUAUUUUGGAAUGGUCCCAAUAUGGAUCCCUGAGGUAACCCCUGAUUAGUUAUUUUAGUGUCUGAAAACACACCUGAUCAAUGAACAAUCUGUUGUCUUUUAGAUAAAUAGCUUCUUAAAUAUGUUAAUGACUGGACCUGUUAUUCCAUGGACUUCUAUUUUUGUAGACAACUGAUUGGUAGCAACAGAUAUUGAUUGUAAUGACAUAGUGGCCCAGCUGUAAUGCGCAUCUUCUCAUGUUCAAUUCCAAGCUAUGGCAGCAGCAACUCGGUCAAGGUGAAAAGGAGACAUCCAAAAUACUGGCACACAGUAAAGGCCUCACUAAGGAAUCCCGUCAGCAUUUGCUUGAAGCAGCCGACCACUACAUCAGAUGGCUUCGUGGAGAGUUUUGUGAGCCGAGCUCUAUGUGUACAGGCCCUGUGAAGAAAAUGCUUAACCACUUAAAGACUGCAAGAAGGCAGCUGCAACCUGAUGAGAAGCCUUUGAUCAUGGUUGAUGACAAUCUCUACUAUCGCAGCAUGCGGGCUGCGUGGUUCAGGCUGGCCCGGAAGUACUCUUUGGGCUUCUGCCAGGUAUUUCUGCUCUGCUCUACAGAAGAGGCAAUUAGAAGAAAUGCUACUCGGGUCUUACCUGUGCCUGAACUGACAAUUAAGACCAUGGUGCAAAAAUUUGAGCUGCCUCGCGAUGAGCCUUGGGAACAGCACUCGGUAGCUGUUGAUGGAGGGCCAGGCAGCAUGGAGAAAGUAAUGGCCAUUCUAGAGACUGCAUCAAAAGAACCAUGGUCACCUGUGGAUACUGCAGGUUGCAUUACUGAACCAACACCUGCCAGUCAGAUUCACAUUUGGGACCUACAGCUUCGUGCCAUUGUGUCCAAGCUCAUCAGGCAAGCACAAGAAAAGUCGUCCAAGUCCGAGCUUCAGGCAUGGUGUCUCAGGAUUCAGAAGGCUCGCCAGAACGUUCUAGACUACUUAAGAACUCUAGAUGUUUAUAAUGAAAAGGAGGAGCUGAACUUGGAAAGGCUCAUGCAAGUACAUCUUGACGGCAACACUGAAGGUGCAAGCUGACAAUUUGAUGCCUCUGAUCUUCCCUUUUUCUCUUUUAAUUUAUGUGUGUGUUUGUGCCGACAAAAGUAGAUGUACACAAAGUGGCGUAAAUAAAAGUGGCAUAAUAAAAGUAAUAAAAGUCGGUGCAUAAGCAUUGA